AUGGCCUUCAAUGACCUCCUGAAGCAGUUGGGGGACAUCGGCCGCUUCCAGCAGAUCCAAGUCACACUGGUGAUCCUCCCCCUGCUCCUGAUGUCCUCCCACAACACCCUGCAGAACUUCACGGCCGCCAUCCCCACCCACCACUGCCGCCCGCCUGCCCACGCCAACCUCAGCGAGGACGGGGAGCUGGAGGCCUGGCUGCCCCGGGACCGGCAGGGGCGGCCCGAGUCCUGCCUCCGUUUCACCUCCCCACCCUGGGGGUUUCCCGUUGCCAACGGCACAGAGGCCAACAGCACGGAGGCCACAGAGCCCUGCACCGAUGGCUGGAUCUACGACAACAGCACCUUCCCUUCCACCAUCGUGACCGAGUGGGACCUCGUGUGCUCUCACAGGGCCUUACGCCAGCUGGCUCAGUCCUUGUACAUGGUGGGGGUGCUUCUCGGAGGCACAAUUUUCGGGUGCCUGGGAGACAGGCUGGGCCGCCAGAAGAUGCUGAUCUUGAGCCACCUGCAAAUGGCGGUGUCAGGAGUCUGCGCGGCCUUUGCUCCCAGCUUUCCCAUCUACUGCACCUUCCGGCUCCUCUCGGGCAUGGCGGCGUCUGGCAUCGUCCUGAACAGUGUGACCCUGAAUCUUGAAUGGAUGCCCAUCCACACGCGGGCUCAUGUGGGCGCCCUGGCUGGCUAUGUCUUCAGCCUGGGCCAGUUUGUCCUGGCCGGCGUGGCCUACGCCGUGCCUCAGUGGCGCCACCUGCAGCUGCUGGUCUCCGUGCCUUUUUUCGCCUUCUUCAUCUACUCCUGGUUCUUCAUCGAGUCAGCACGCUGGUACGCCUCCUCUGGAAGGUUGGACCUCGCCCUGAAGGCCCUGAAGAGAGUGGCCCAGAUCAAUGGGAAGCAGGACGAGGGGGCCAAGCUAAGUAUGGAGGUCCUCCAAUCCAGUCUGCAGAAGGAGCUGACCCUGGGCAAAGGCCAGGCCUCAGCCAUAGAGCUGCUGCGCUGCCCCACCCUGCGUCACCUCUUCCUCUGCCUCUCCAUGCUGUGGUUUGCCACUAGCUUUGCUUACUACGGGCUGGUCAUGGACCUGCAAGGUUUUGGGGUUAGCAUCUACCUAAUUCAAGUCAUCUUCGGAGCUGUGGACCUGCCAGCCAAGCUUGUGUGCUUCCUGGUCAUCAACCACCUGGGCCGCCGGCCUGCCCAGUUAGCCUCACUGCUUCUAGCGGGCAUCUGCCUCCUGGUCAAUGGCUUGAUACCUCAGGACCAGUCCAUUGUCCGAACCUCCCUUGCUGUGCUGGGGAAGGGCUGUCUGGCCUCCUCUUUCAAUUGCAUCUUUCUGUACACUGGGGAGCUGUACCCCACAAUGAUUCGGCAGACAGGCCUGGGAAUGGGCAACACCAUGGCCCGCGUGGGCAGCAUCAUAAGCCCACUGGUGAGCAUGACCGCCGAGCUCUUCCCCUCCAUGCCUCUCUUUAUCUACGGCACUGUCCCCGUGGUUGCCAGCAUUGUCACCGCCUUCCUGCCAGAGACCCUGGGCUAUCCGCUGCCCGACACGAUGCAAGACAUGAAAAACAGGUGGGCUCCCACCCAGAGAGGAGCAGGGACUUACCCCAGGAGAGGGAGACCGCAGCGGCGGCAGCAAGAGCAGCAGAAGCAGAUGGUCCCACUCCAGGCCUCCGCGCGAGAGAGGAAUGGACUCUGA